AUGUCAGACCAUGUCAAGGUCUGGUGUAGAACGGGUGACUGUGACUCUCGAACCCGGGGAGUAUUCACUUCAAAGCACAGAGAGAAGGUAUCGAUCAGUGACGAUCAAACCCGGGGAGUAUUCACUGUGACUGUGAGGAGCCUGGAGAAGAGGGAUGCAGGCUGGUACUCGUGUGUAAUACAGAGAUCUGAUGGAUCCAAUGAAGCACUUCCUGUAUACCUUACAGUUUCACCAGGUGCUCCUGGACUGUCCGUGACAAGUCACUUGAUAACAGGGAAUGAAGGAGGAUCAGUCAGUGUCCAGUGUCACUAUGAUCGGUACUUCGACACUAAUAUUAAAUACUGGUGCAGAGGGUAAGAGUGGGACUCCUGUACAGUUAUUAAAACAUCCAAAGAGAAGCUGAGGAAUGCAGAUAACGUAUCAAUCAAUGAUAAUCAAAGCCUGGGAGUAUUCACUGUGACUGUGAGGAGACUGGAAAAGAAGGAUGCAGACUGGUACUGGUGUUGUAUUGACAGAGCACUGAGUGAUGAUAAAAUCCAGCUGUACCUUAGCAUUGAUGAGGGUAAGAAACACAAGUUUGUAAUGUUAGGAUUCGUCUAA